AUGUUGAUUUAUGUUUCAAAGACGCGGUUCAGCUCCAACUGCCGCGAUUUUGAAAACUUUUCUACGAAUUUCCGAACAGACACCUUACGCCGUAGCAGUUCACUGCAGGGCCGGUCUGGGAAGAACAGGAACGUUAAUCGCGGCCUACCUGAUACAGCAUUAUCGGAUGACGGCAUGCGAAGCAAUCGCUUGUGCAACCGGGUACGGUUGUGCCGUCCGGGAUCCAUAAUCGUGAAAUCACAACAAUCGUUUUUGGCACACAACGAAAGAAUGUUGUGGAAAAAAAGAGAUGCACUUCGGUAA